AUGGCGAAAAUAACCAGGAAGCGCAGCGUUGUAUUUAUUUAUUUAUUUGGUCAUAUGAAAGGAGCCGGCUUUGGAGUUCCGGUUCUGCCGCUGAGUCAAGGUAGUGCCUGGGAAAGAAAGGGCUUCGGUGGGUUGACCUAUCCCGUCUCUGGGUGGGUCGACCGAAGCCUCCGUCAGGCUGGGGACCGACUGGAAGAGAGCGCCGGAGAGGAGCCGCUCGGCUUCUCCCACCCGCUCGCUCUGCUUCGUAGAGUAGGCUUCCGCCUCUCCUAUGUGCACCCACAGCUCCCUGGAGGCGCUUUUGCACUGCUCCGUUGCUCCUACGGAGGAAAGGGCAUUUGCAACGUGCAACGGAAAUUUUAUGGUCACGUUUCAGAACAGACGGAAACGAUAGACUCCAAGCCUUCAUGUCAUCAUCCAUCUGUCCAUGCUAAGUCUCUCGUUGUGCGAAGGCGAAGGCCUUCCCCCACACCGGGCUUUACCGUGAGUUUGAGGCCGAGGCCAUGAUUUCUAGGCAUCGUUCACACGAGGUUGCUCUCAAUUGGAGGCGCCCUACCUCCUUUUAAGGAUUUUCCCCAUCCUUAAAAAAAUCCGAAAAGGAACUCAGCUGCCCAAGCAAUUCUGUUCUUGCCUGGCUGCCCGGCAGACAGUUGCUGUUCGCGUUCUCUUUAAGGUGGCACCAGAAAGAUCUGUGCGAUCUGAGGAAAGCCUGGGAGGAGGCGAGGGGUAGGAAAUCCGUAGUUUGUGUUUGUUUGCAGAGUGGAAAGGGAAAAGAGACCUUCCUUCUGCUUUCUCACUUCCAGCCAUUCAUUGAAAACUGGAGAAGGAACCCACAUAAUAAUAAUAAUGGGGGUGGAUGGGCAGCAUGGCUUUGACUGAUAGAGGAUGGAGGUUAGUGCCUGUAUGAAGAAGCAGCACUUUGGAAGCCUUUGGUCUUAAAAGAAGAAACAUCUACUUGGCUGUUUGGUUUGUAAAACAAUUGAUUGCAUUUAGGAUCCUGCCCUUGUAUGGACCUGCCCUAAAAAGAUCUGAAGUGUUGGCAAAUCACCACCACCUCUUUUCAGUACUUAUUGACAGUUUCAAUGAAACCUGCAGUAAUGGAGAAGAUUCUGUGAAAAUGCAUUUCUCUCACAGGAAUGACUACAGCCACCACUCCGGCAUCCUGGGAUGGGGGGAUUUUUAUGCAGGUUAGACCUGGAUACCUCUUUACCGUCACCAGUCAUGUUGGAAACUUUAGCAGAAGGUCUCCCUCUCAAAAGUGCCAACAUACAAGAUUUUGUAUUUGAUGAGAUUAUGAAUUUUAUUACUUUUUCUGACAGCUGGAAAAAUGGUAGGUGGAAUUAAUGUGUGUAUCUCAUUUUGCAGUGCUUGUACAAAGAAAAGAAGGAAAUAUAGUGGUAAAAGGGUUUUAUUCUUCAUUGCAAGAAUGUUCAGGUUGUGGCAUAAAUUACUUCUUCUUUAUGCUUCAUUCAUUGUUUUCCUGUCUUUUCCUUUAGGAACUCUUGACCGUUGUACUUGUUGCUGACAGAGGAUGGAGGAGAUCCUAG